UGCUUGCCGGCUACAAGCGGAAGUCGAUCCAUCUCGGCCGGGAGUUUCUUCUGCCUCCAGCGGCAUUGACAGCAUGAAGCAGAAACGUAAAGGAGAUCUCAGCCCUGCUGAGUUGAUGAUACUGACCAUAGGUGAUGUUAUUAAACAACUGAUUGAAGCACAUGAACAGGGGAAAGAUAUUGAUCUAAAUAAAGUGAAAACCAGAACAGCUGCUAAGUAUGGCCUUUCAGCCCAGCCUCGACUGGUGGAUAUCAUUGCUGCAGUACCACCUCAGUAUCGUAAAAUCUUGGUGCCCAAGUUAAAAGCAAAGCCAAUCAGAACUGCCAGUGGAAUUGCUGUUGUGGCUGUGAUGUGCAAGCCCCACAGAUGUCCACAUAUUAAUUUUACAGGAAAUAUAUGUGUUUACUGUCCUGGUGGACCUGACUCAGAUUUUGAGUAUUCAACCCAAUCUUAUACUGGAUAUGAGCCAACUUCCAUGAGAGCUAUCCGUGCCAGAUAUGACCCUUUUCUCCAGACGAGGCACCGAAUAGACCAGUUGAAACAACUGGGUCACAGUGUGGAUAAGGUAGAGUUCAUUGUGAUGGGUGGAACAUUUAUGGCCCUCUCAGAAGAGUACAGAGAUUAUUUUAUUCGAAAUUUGCACGAUGCCUUAUCUGGACAUACUUCAAACAAUGUAUCUGAAGCAGUCAGGUACUCUGAAAGAAGCCUCACAAAAUGUAUUGGGAUCACCAUUGAAACGCGACCAGAUUAUUGCCUGAAGAAGCAUUUGAGUGAUAUGUUAUCCUAUGGCUGUACAAGACUGGAGAUUGGAGUGCAAAGCGUUUAUGAAGAUGUAGCCAGAGAUACCAACAGGGGUCACACAGUAAAGGCAGUGUGUGAAUCAUUUCAUCUCGCUAAGGAUGCAGGUUUCAAAGUUGUGGCACAUAUGAUGCCAGAUUUGCCAAAUGUGGGACUAGAAAGAGACAUUGAACAGUUUACCGAAUUUUUUGAGAACCCUGCCUUCCGCCCUGAUGGUAUGAAACUCUACCCUACACUGGUGAUACGUGGAACUGGACUUUAUGAGCUUUGGAAAUCAGGAAGAUAUAAGAGUUAUUCUCCUAGUUGCCUUGUAGAAUUAGUAGCUCGAAUAUUGGCUCUUGUACCACCAUGGACACGAGUGUACCGAGUGCAGAGAGAUAUACCAAUGCCUUUAGUCAGCUCGGGAGUGGAGCAUGGGAAUUUGAGGGAGCUGGCAUUUGCAAGAAUGAAAGACCUUGGGAUACAGUGUCGUGAUGUGAGAACCAGAGAAGUUGGAAUCCAGGAAAUUCAUCAUAAAGUGAGGCCAUACCAGGUUGAAUUAGUUAGAAGAGAUUAUGUGGCAAACGGUGGCUGGGAGACCUUUCUGUCAUAUGAAGACCCCGAGCAGGACAUUUUGAUUGGCCUUUUACGUUUGCGGAAGUGUUCAGAAGAAUCAUUUCGGCCCGAGUUGAAAGGAGGUGUUUCCAUAGUCCGAGAACUACAUGUAUAUGGGAGUGUAGUUCCUGUAAGCAGUCGUGACCCUGCAAAAUUUCAGCAUCAGGGAUUUGGCAUGCUACUCAUGGAAGAGGCAGAAAGGAUAGCUAAACAAGAGCAUGGUGCUCGGAAAAUUGCUGUCAUUUCAGGAGUUGGCACCAGGAAUUAUUACAGGAAGAUUGGCUAUGUAUUAGAAGGACCUUACAUGGUAAAGGAGUUGAACUAACAUCCAUCUUUAUCCAGGACGCUUUAUGGCAAGAAGCAAACUUCAUUUAUAGUUAUAAGAAAGAAGGCAUUGGGAGAAACAAGGCUAACAAAACCAACAAGGAAUUUUCCCCUCAUUCUAAAAGAAUAAUGGAUUUGGCAAUAAAGGUCCAUUUUAUAAGCACUGACUUUCAGAAACUUUUUUGAUAAUCUGCUUAGACACUCAGCCUGGUGACACAGAACACCUACACAGAGCAUAUGCCUUAACCUUCAGAGCCGUUUUGCUUCCAUGGAAAGAGUUAUUAAAUUGAACUAUUUCUAUUUAACAAUAAAGCUUCUGUUUUCAUCAGA